UGGCAACAACGCAAGAAGGAUCUGACAGAUGACGAACAGGCAAUUCUUGUAAACAGCUGAUUGUCAAAAAUUUGUAAAAGAGCGUAUAAAAGAGUAAACAAGCGUAAAUUUUAAAUACAAAUAAUUUAUUUUGUCUCUUUAUCUUCUUGUAUUAGGGUGUUUACAAUACGAAUGUUAAUAAUUAAACUGCUUUAGAGUGUUCGAGUGAAUUUUAUAGUUGAUUUUUUUUAUAUUUGUAUACGAUGGAUAAUGAACUGCCUUCUGAAUUUGAUCUAAUUGUUGUGGGAACCGGUUUAACUGAAUCAAUUAUAUCAGCGGCUGCGAGUCGUAUCGGAAAAAGUGUUUUACAUAUUGAUAGUAAUGAUUAUUAUGGGGAACAAUGGGCUUCUUUUAAUUUCAAAUCCCUUCAUAACUGUACAUUUUCAAAUAAUAUUAAAAAGCAUACAGAAAACAGCUCAGAUCUUUUAAACUUUAAUAAUGAUUCUUUUAAUAUAAGAAAUUUUUCUGCUGAAUGGCAUGUUCCUGAAAAAAUUGGUAUUUAUUGUAAGAAUGAUGAUUCUAAAAAUCGUCAAAUAGAAAGUGUAAUUAAUGAUUCCUUGAAGUUAGAAGAGAAUAAUGAGAAUUCCGUUUUUUUACGUGAAGAAAUACUUAACAAUUCAAGGAAAUUUAAUAUUGACUUAAUGCCAAAGCUACAUUUUGCAAGAGGUGAUUUUAUAGAAUUGUUAAUUUCCUCCAAUAUUGCACGAUAUGCAGAGUACAAAAGCGUUAGUAGAAUUUUAACAUGGUUAAAUAACCAGAUAGAAGCAGUACCUUGCUCAAGAUCAGAUGUAUUUGCUAAUAAUAAGGUGUCAGUUAUUGAAAAACGUAUACUUAUGAAAUUAUUAUCACUAGUGGAUAAAAAUGAUAAUACAACCGGUAAAUAUACUAUUCUAUGGGGUAAUUUACAAUGGUACAAUUCUUAUUUUUUAGAUAGCAAAGAUAAAACAUUUCUGGAGUUUUUGAAAAGUAAAAAAUUAACAACAAAUCUUAUUCAUUUUGUGCUUUAUGCCAUUUCCCAAGGCACUGAUUCUACGUCCUGUAUAGAUGGAAUGGCAAAUACAAAAAGGUUUUUAAAUAGUUUAGGAAGGUUUGGUAAAACUCCUUUCUUAUUUUCAAUGUAUGGUAGUGGCGAAACAACCCAGGCGUUCUGCAGGCUCAGUGCAGUGUUUGGUGGAAUUUUUGCAUUGAAUCAACCAAUAGCGGGAUUAAAGUUAGACAACAACAGGGUAACUUCCCUGCUGAAUGGUUCUCAAGAAAUUAAAGCAGAACAUUUUGUUUUGAAUAUUGAAAAAGCUCCUGUAGAAUUGGUAAAUAACUUGAAAGUUACAGAUUAUAUAUCUAGAGCUGUUCUUAUAACAAACAGAUCUAUAAUGCCAAGCGAACAGGAACAUCUAACACUCCUAAUAUAUCCACCUGAAGACAAAGGAAACAGUGUUACACUUAUUGAAAUGGGACACCUUACAGGCACUUGUCCUCAAAAUUUUUAUUUAGUACAUUUAAUAACAAAGCAACAGUCAAACCCGAAAGAUGAUUUUAAACAUGUUGUGGCAAAUUUAUUUGAAAGUAAUUAUACCCAUUUACAAGUAGAUGGAAAACCAAAUAUGUUAUGGGCUUGUUACUUUUCAAUACCCAAUACCAGCGAUUUGAAGUUAAACGAUAAUGACCAUUUAAACGUUCAUUUAUGUGAUGGUCCAGAUCUAGAUUUGGAUUAUGACUAUACAGUUAAAAAAGCGAAAGACAUUUUUCAGAGAAUAUAUCCAGAUAUAGAAUUUUUACCGCGGGCCCCAGACCCAGAUGAAAUUAUUUUUGGAGAAGAAGAACAAAGUAAAUUAAAUGAUGUAUGUAUUUCUGAGACGCCCCCAAAAUAAAAAAAUAAUAUAUAAGUAUGAUCAAGCAAGUUAUACUUAUAUUAUUAUACAAUAUUCAUUCUUUACUACAAAUAUUUAUAUAUUAAUAAGUUAUUAAAUUAUGCAUUAAAUAUAUAAGACAAAUAUAAAGGUUUAGAAUCAAUAUAUUUAA